CCACGCCAGCCUAAAUCGGUUAUAUGGCCGAUUAUUUUAUCCAGCAUCCGCACAUUGCAACAGGGAAAUUUCAAUCUCUCCAUGGAAAAUCGGAUUUGGCCGCGUCGUGGGAGCAACUCUUGGCGGAACUGAACAAGAUGGGAAAAGAUGAGAAAGGGAAAGACGUAAAAUCAUGGAAAUCAACGUGGCGAGACAACAAGACCACUGUGUCGCAAAAAGUAGCGAAAAUUCGAGCAAAUCGUUCGAGGACAGGGAAUUUGGGUGACCCUCGAGUGAAACUGACCGAACGAGAGGAAAAAAUUAUGGGCAUUGUGGGCUUCGAUGACGUGGAAGGAGUGGAAUGCCCUGAUGCCUUUCCCGAAAAACAGUUAAACGUCAUAGAGCUACUGGCAGAAGGAGACGAGAGCAUACUCGAUGAGGAUGGCAGCAUCUUAACUUGGCGAGACUACGUCGAGGCCAGUGCUCUCGAUUACACUAAUAUAGAAUUUCUCGAAAACUUUAAUGGCGGGGAGGCAACUUUGGAGGAAGGCUCUUCAAUACCUGAAUAA